GGACCUGUGCCGGCAGGAUGACACCUGUGACUACUACUUCAGUGUGGAUGCCAACGUGGUGCUGACCAACCCAGACACCCUGUACCUCCUCAUCCAGGAGAACCGGAAAAUCAUAGCCCCCAUGGUGUCUCGCAGCGGGAAACUGUGGUCCAACUUCUGGGGGGCGCUCAGCCCGGAGGGGUACUACGCCCGAUCCGAGGACUAUGUGGAUAUUGUGCAGGGAAAGAGGACUGGGGUGUGGAACGUUCCGUACAUGUCCAGUGUUUACCUUAUAAAGGGAGAGACUCUCCGCCAUGAGUUCUCGCGCAAGAACAUCUUCACGUUGUCUGGUGUAGACCCCGAUAUGUCGUUCUGUAAGAGCGCGAGGGAAAAGAGCGUUUUCCUGCACAUUAGUAACAGAGACGACUUCGGCCGCCUGAUCUCCACCUCCAAGUACAACACCUCCCAUCUACACAACGACUUGUGGCAGAUUUUCGAAAAUCCUGUGGACUGGAAGGAGAAAUACAUCCAUGAGAAUUACUCCCGGAUCUUCGAGGAGAAUUAUUACGAGCAGCCCUGUCCGGAUGUCUAUUGGUUCCCCAUCUUCAAGGACAUCAUGUGUGAUGAGUUUGUGGAGGAAAUGGAAAACUUUGGCAAGUGGUCGGGGGGCAAAAAUGAGGAUCAGCGUCUGGCGGGCGGCUAUGAGAGCGUGCCCACCGUGGACAUCCACAUGACCCAGGCCGGGUAUCAGGAGGAAUGGCUGAAGUUCCUGAAGGAAUUCAUCGCUCCCGUCACCGAGAAGUUGUUCCCUGGUUAUUACACCAAGGCCAAGGCGGUCCUGAACUUCAUAGUGCGAUACCGUCCGGAUGAGCAGCCAUCCCUGCGCCCGCACCACGACUCAUCCACCUUCACCAUUAACGUCGCCCUCAACCACAAGAGCGUAGACUACGAGGGCGGUGGUUGCCACUUCAUCCGCUACAACUGCCGCGUGGAAUCUCCUCGGAAAGGAUGGUCCCUGAUCCACCCCGGCCGCCUGACGCAUUACCACGAGGGCCUACCUGUCACCCGGGGGACGCGCUACAUCAUGGUGUCAUUUGUGGACCCCUGACCCAAGAACUAUCCCCUCCUAAAAGGAAUCGGAGAAGAAGGGGGGCGCUCUCCGGCACCGAACAUGGCGUCUCCAGCCGCACUGUCUUUUAUACAAUGCGCCAUCAUAGUGGGCGUCCUCGGAAAUCAUUGGCCGCGCCCAUCACUAUGGCGGCGACACUGAUCUUAACCUCAAGCAGCCUUUGUGUUACCUUAACGACAGGUGAGGAGGCGGAGCCAGCAGCAGAGGGCGCAGGUCACGGCGCCGGGACUGAAAACGUUUUCUAAAGAGCAUUCGCGGUUCAUGUACAAAACGCUUUAAAUUAUUCGCUGCCAAUUUUUUUAUUAAUAGAAAUAUUUUUAAUGAGAUGAAAUUGUGUAAUAAAUAUUCCUUACCUGCUGUUACAUCAAGAGCUGCACU